AUGGUCCAGCUCAGCGAAGCAAGACAAUACAACCAGCCAUGGGACACGCCCGACCCAAACGCCUGGGGAGUCUACCAACGCGACAUCUACUCCGGCCUCCGCAAACCCAUCUUCUCCACCAAACCAGCAGAAUGGGAACACCUCGCCCGCGAACGAGUCCCAGCAGAGAACUUCGGCUACGUCUUCGGCUCCGCGAGCGGUGCUUCCACCUACGCCGCCAACCGCUCGGCGUUUGAUCGAUACAGACUGCGACCGCGAAUGCUCGUGAACGCCACACGCAGGGAUAUGAGCGUCGAACUCUUCGGACGGAAAUACAACUCCCCCAUCCUGGUCGCGCCCGUCGGCGUGCAGAACAUCAUGCACCAAGACGCCGAAGAAGCGACGGCGCGCGCGUGCAGAAAGCUCCAGAUCCCCAUGAUCCUCUCGACCGCUGCGACCCGUACCAUCGAGCAGGUCGCCCAGACCAACGGAGAUUCCAGCCCGAGGUGGUUCCAAUUAUACUGGCCCAAACCGCAGGAAGAAGCCAUCACCGUCAGCCUCUUGCACCGCGCGAAGGCCAACGGGUAUACCGUCCUCGUCGUCACGCUAGACACCUUCACCCUCGCCUGGCGACCGCAAGAUCUCGACCACGCCUACCUCCCCUUCCUCUGGGGCGAAGGCUGUCAGAUCGGCUUCUCCGACCCCGUCUUCAACCAACGCUACCAGGAACUCCUGUCGGAAGAUUCCCGUUCUGCGGGCGAGAAACUCUCCGAAGCGUGGGAUCUGCUCCAACGCCCCGGGACUCCCUGGGGUGCAGCGCGCGUGCUAGCCAACGCAGCCACGAUGAAAAAGGCCAAAGCAUGGAUGGACGUGAUGAACUCGGGCACGUAUCGGGAAUGGCAGCACCUGGCCAUCCUGAAGAAACUCUGGGACGGACCGAUCGUUCUCAAGGGCAUCCAGAGCGUGGGGGACGCCCACAAAGCGAUUGAACACGGCAUGGACGGCAUCAUCGUCUCGAACCACGGCGGCAGGCAAUGCGACGGCGCCAUCGCCUCCCUCGACGCCCUCGCGGAGAUCGGCGCGGACGAGAAGGUGCAGCAGUCCGGCCUGACGCUCCUCUUCGACAGCGGCAUCCGCACGGGCAGCGACGUCCUCACAGCCCUCGCGCUCGGCGCCAAGGCUGUCUUGGUCGGCAGACCGUAUAUGUACGGCUUGGCGAUCGCGGGCCAGGCGGGCGUGGAACACGUCUUGCAGUGCUUGCUCGCGGAUACGGAUAAUAUGUUGGCCAAUGCCGGGAAGACGAGUCUGGGGGAUUUGGGGAGGGGGGAUCUGCAGGUCUUGAGGGAGGCGAGGCUGUAA